AUGUCUCAGCCGAUCAAGCACCUGAGUGCAAAGGAGGAGGAGAUGACGGUGGAGAUGUUGAGGAGAUCUUUCAAGAAAGGGAGCACGGCAGUCCGGUUGUUUCUGCAAGCCACACCCCCCUCCUCUCCGGACAACAAGCCUGCUGAUGUGCUCGGGAGGAUCAAGGAGCUGUGUGGCCUUGCUGCCAAUGAGGACGUCUUGCUUUUUGAGGAGAGGAACUCUGGCAUGGAUGUGGAGUCUAAGCCCGUUGAUAAGGCAUCCACCUUCGAAGGCAUGAAGUUGAAGGAGGCCGGCAUUCUGUGGGUGCAGAAGGCACUCAUAGCAGCAUAUAGGAGUAUAGUGAAGCACCCAGACGUGCCAUUGUUUCUCAAGUUCGUGCAGACCCAGCAGGUGGUGCACUUCCGACGCCUAGAGAAUCCCAGGGAAGAUGCGUUCUGCUUGCUGCUGUAA